AUGCCACAGAACGAGUACAUUGAGCAGGCGCAAAAGCGCUACGGUCGCCGUCUUGACCACGUGGAGCGCACGCGCAAGCGUGAGGCACGUAAGUCUCACACACAAGCGAAGUAUCUGCGCACCGUGCGGGGCAUUAAGGCUAAGAUUGCAUCCAAACAGCGUUAUGCGGAGAAAGCGGAGAUCCGAAAGAAGAUCCGCGAGCAUGAGGAGACACAGAGUACUGAGCGGGUGCGGGAAAAGGGACCACGGAAUGCCCUUCCCAGUUUUCUCAUGGACCGCAGUGAGGCAGACCGCGCCAAGGUGCUCUCCAACUCACUGAAGCAGAAGCGUAAGGAAAAAGCAGGCAAGUGGGCAGUGCCAAUUGAGAAGGUCCGGCCUGUCAGUGAGGACGAAAUGAUGAAGGCUGUCACCUCCGGCAAACGUGGGAAAAAAUCGUGGAAGCGCAUGGUCACAAAGGUGACUUUUGUCGGAGAGACGUUUACACGACGAAUGCCAAAAUACGAGCGUUUCAUUCGACCCAUGGCACUCCGUUUCAAAAAGGCGCAUGUGACCCACCCUGAGCUCAAGGCCACGUUUCAACUCCCCAUCAUUGGUGUGAAGAAAAACCCACAGGGCAAAAUGUAUACUGGACUCGGUGUCAUUACGAAGGGCACAGUGAUUGAGGUGAAUGUUUCCGAUCUAGGUCUCGUGACGCCGUCAGGAAAGGUGGUCUGGGGAAAGUAUGCGCAGGUCACAAACAACCCGGAGAAUGAUGGCUGUAUCAAUGCUGUUCUAUUAGUGUAA